AACCCUAACAUCACUCGGGACCCUUCGAAAGACGAGCGGUGAACGAGAGCGAGAGGCAGAGAAACGAUGGGUCGAUCGCGUCGGAAGUACAAGAAGUCCCACGCCAAAGUUCGGGUUGGAUUGCCUCGGAAGAAGCCCGGCGUCUUCAAGCCAGCCGUUGCCAUUCCGGAGGCCCUCGCUGCUGCCACCGCUGACGGGGGAAAAGAGGGGACUAAGGAGUGGGACGUGAAGGGCAGCGUUAUCCGCAACUACCAGGCCUUCGGUGUUGUCUCCAACCCCAACAUCCUCAGCGUCCGCGCCCGUACCCCUCAGAUCGUUCAGCUCUCCACUCUCCAAGUCCCCGACCCCGAAUUCACCCCUGUUUCGGAGUUCGACCCCAUCGACAGUGGCAGCGAUCUUGAAUCCGAUGAUGUGAAAUCUGCACUUGGGAAGAAGCGUAGGGACGGUAAAGCAGCAUCUUUACGACCACUGACCGCCAUGCAACGUGUUCACGUUGGAAAGUUAAUUGAAAAGUAUGGUGAUGAUUAUCAGGCAAUGUUCAUGGAUACAGCACUGAAUGCAAUGCAGCAUUCUGUGGCUGCACUGAAGAAGUUAUGCGAGAGGUACUACGUCGGUGGGAAGCACUACAUCACAUCAUAGCUGAAUCCACUGUGGUAAUGGAAGAGUAAGGUUGUCGUAGUUUAGGUGUUGUGGGAAAGAUUAUUUCCUUUUUCAUACGACUUCUCUAAUCCUAAGAGCUCAAAAGUAAUUUAAAUCAUGGAUCAGAACCAACUUUACCAACGGUUGGGGCUCAGCCAUCCACAACAAUAUUGGCUUUUGAAUCCCCCAAUUGGCUUUUAAAUUUUGUCAGAAUCACCAGCUUGAAUUUAUUUUU